AUGGAAAUGGGAUUGUUUGAUAAGCAAGGGACCGAAGACAGUGUUGAGAGUGGGCAAAGUGUAGACGUAUGGCAUGGCAAGAUCGACGCAUGGAAGAACACCAUCGACUGCCAAAGACAUCACGAGGACAAUGACGACACAACUUGGAACGACCCACAGAGGUUCGCUUUGUCGAUAAUUUUGUGCCAACGCCUGAGAAAGGCCAUCAAUCAACGAUCGCCUCAAGAAAUGCUCGAGCAAGCUUUUUCGACACUUUUUAGCAGUUGUUCAGCCAACGGGCUUUUCCCGGGAAAGCUAGACGACAACCAUAAGCCAACUCUAUACGACUCUGAGCUUACGCGGGAUGUUUACUGGGAAAACACAUUCGAGAUACCCCAUGUUCUUUGGAGGUAUUGCCGUGACUUAACCGACGGAUCUGAAUCCACUGGACAGCCGGAAUCCAGCUUAUCACCUAGCACACCGUUGACAAAUGAUGAUGAAUUCUGUCAGUCGCACACCACAAAUCAAAUCAUUAGACUUCUACAGAGUCUUUCGACUGAAGAUUCAGGAUUCAAGAAGCCGGAAUCCCCUCCCUGCUUCUCGAUGAAAAAAGCUUUCCCGUUCAAUAAUAUGACAGACACAAAGAACAUUGUGGAGCUUCAAGACGAGUGGCUUUAUAACUUGCCAGCCUUUUUUAUACCGGCCAAAAAGGGAUGUGAGAAGAGAGAGGACACAGACACCAGCAGCAUCGCUUCGGAAAACAACUCAGCAUAUGCCGCAUCGCUGUCGACUGGUACUGGGAAAGCUUCAGCCAACCGGGUGCUUGUCGGGUUUAAGAUUGACAUCUUAUCCAAAUCUGCGCAAAACAGAAGUUCUGAAAAUGACUCCGAGGAAAAGAUCAAAACGCAUGCGGAUGUUGCAAGAAUUAUGGCGAGAGGGAGGACCCAAGAUGUCAAAAAACGACUCUGGCUAUUUGCGUCAACAAAUCCACUCGGUAACAGAAUUUGUGCGUCAACUGUGUCAAAAACAGAGAGGAAAGAAAAAAAGGCGAUCGAGACUUUUUUGAAGAACCAUGAAUCUUUCGACAAUUAUUUCUGGGAGGAUACGGUGGCGGAACUCAACACUUGGGAAACGGAGCUGCAGCUUUCCUACUACACGCUGCGCUCCAAUAACGACGAAGAUCGGGAACAGAGAAAUAACCUGCAUAAAAGAGACGACAUCGUAUUUCCUGCUCUGUCAGACGAUGGAUAUCAAAUUCGUAUCGCCAAAGCGGUGGCCGGUUUUCGGUUCGAGGGCGACUUUUUCGACCGCUACUGGACAUGUCGGUUUUUGAUUUCUGACCCAAAUUAUAAGUAUAAUUGGGGCAUAAAAUCUGACGGUCAACGUGAAAUCUACGAAAAUGAUGACGAGGACGCGGAAACCGAUGCGUCUAGCGAGGACGACGAGGACAAUGAAUAUGACACAUUCGCUGGGAUAUCACACAGAUCAUCAACGGAAAAACAGCGCAGGAUCCUGGAGCUAGUUCAUUCUUCUUGGAUGAUCAGAACCAUGAACAAUACUGCACGGGAGGUUCUGAAUGUGAUGAAAGAACAUUUAGAGAAGGGGAAAGGCAACAUGCGUAAGUCGUUCGCUGCCACCCAAGAAUAUCGACUCGAAGAAGCCGAGGUUCAGAAGUUGGAUUUCAAAGGCUUCUUGGUCGCAAGCAGGCGUUUCCAGGAAUUUCAAUUUGAAUUGCAAAAAGUUGAGGCGCAAUUUUCCGAGAAUCUGGCAACUAUCGAUCUUUGGCUGGGUCGAGAGAAAAGCCGCCAGGCCGAAAGACCGCGAUGGUCAUUUAAUGAUGAAAGUCGUUACAGAGCCGAAAUUCAGAAAUUCGUAGCCCUAAACGAUCGGUCCAUUCGGGAAUUUAGGAGUUACCACCAAAGGAUUUCAGCAUUGAUCGAGGCAACUACGAAAGAUCUCGAGAUCAUGCACAGUUGGCUGGACAUCUUACGUAACGACCUAGAACUCCGACGCGGAGAGGACAUCAAGCGCUUCACGUACGUCACCGUCGUGUUUCUGCCACUGGGUUUCGCAACUGGUAUCUUCAGCACGAGCGGAGCACCUGCUGGACCAACAUUGAUCAACAUGACUUUGACCGCCAUCACAACCUUGACAAUCACUGUGCUGGCAUUGGUGGUGUACAAAUUCGCAGAUUCGCCUCGAUCUAGGGAAGAAUUGAUGAGAAGAUGGGUGUCAUUCAGAGCAAGAGGGCUAAAGUUGAUGAUAAUGAGAAUAAUAGUGGUUAUGUUGUUUAACCGGUUGAAGAGCCUAUUCUCGAAAGAGGCUAACAAGAGAGCGGAUGAUAGCCCAGAAAAAGAGGCAGAUGGAGGCCGUGAAGACCAGGACAGGGAACUUUCAGAAAGAUCCGAGGAUGAAGAUUCACAGGUACAGAUGGAUCGAAGUGAAGAGGGAGCAAGUGAUCGAACUUCGGAAGUUCAAAGAGGUGGUGCUGUGAAUGGACAGGAUAAAUGGAGAUGGAAUGCGAUACUAAGGAGUUUCAGGAUAAGGGGUACUGGAAGUCUAGAUGAGAGGUUCCGGGAGGAUGUUGAGAGACGUGCCUCUAGCGAUGCGGUCACUAUUAGCAAUUUUGAAGGAACCAGCUUAACAUCGCGGCGGACCAGCUCGACUAGUUCAAGUAGACAAACGUCGGGAUAG